GUGCAGUACCGAGGGAGUCAAUGUGCAUCACAUCUGCAAGUCAAGCAGCCAUCGCAUCGGCAAUAAGAGUAGAUUUUGCACCACAGCGCCAUCUCUUUCGUUUCGCAUCAAACGUCAAGUUGAUAGAUUUGGGUUUGGCGAUUUUGAAAAAAUCUCAAAUCAUCCGCCCGAUAAUAUUACUUUUUGCAAAACUUAAGACAUUUCCGAAAUAAUGACGGCCCCAACUGCCUCUGGAGAUGGAUAUAAAAGUGCUAGUGUCGCGUAUAAAGAUAAAAGUAAACCUACCGAUAUACGAUUGAGCAAUAUCAAUGCCGCUAAAGCUGUCAGUGAUGCGAUUCGUACUAGUUUGGGACCUCGAGGAAUGGACAAAAUGAUUCAAGCGGGUAAUGGCGAAGUGACAAUAACAAAUGACGGUGCUACGAUUUUGAAACAAAUAAACGUCAUACAUCCGGCUGCGAAAAUGUUAGUAGAAUUGUCACGUGCUCAAGAUAUUGAAGCUGGUGAUGGUACCACGACUGUUGUCAUUAUUGCUGGAGCAUUACUGAACGCUGCCGAAAAACUCCUGGCCCGUGGUAUUCAUCCAACUGCCAUCUCUGAGGCUUUCCAACGAGCAUCUACACACGCAGUCGAAAUUUUAACCAACAUUUCUACGCCCGUUGAGCUUCAAAAUCACGAGCAGCUGGUAAGAAGUGCAUCUACCUCUUUAAAUUCCAAAGUGGUCUCGCAACAAUCGAGUUUACUUGCACCUUUAGCUGUAGAGGCUGUACUUAAAGUGGUCGAACCCGGUCGUGAAGGAGCUGUGAAUCUCUCAGAUAUUAAAGUGAUCAAACAACUGGGCGGAACUGUUGAAGAUACCGAACUAAUUGACGGAAUCGUAUUUUCGCAGAGGGCCGCCAACUUAAACGGGCCCAAACGUAUUGAGAAGGCUAAAAUUGGUUUUAUCCAGUUCUGUAUUUCGCCCCCGAAAACCGAUAUGGAUCACAAUGUUAUUGUGUCCGAUUACGCAGCAAUGGAUCGCGUACUGAAGGAAGAACGCGCUUACAUACUCAACAUUGUUAAGCAAAUUAAGAAGGCAGGCUGCAACGUUUUAUUGAUUCAAAAAUCUAUACUUCGAGAUGCAGUCUCUGAUUUAGCACUCCAUUUCUUGGAUAAAAUCAAGGUGUUGGUUAUUAAAGAUGUGGAAAGGGAAGACGUUGAAUUUGUGUGUAAAUCACUUAAUUGUCGUCCAAUCGCUUCUUUGGAUCACUUCACUUCCGAGAAUUUGAGCAGCGCUGAAUUAGUGGAAGAAGUGGGAAUAGGCGGAAAUCGUCUAAUAAAAAUCACAGGCGCCCAGAAUGCGGGCAAGACUGUGACGCUUUUAGUACGUGGCUCUAAUAAGUUGGUGUUGGAGGAGGCGGAUCGUUCCCUUCACGAUGCUCUGUGUGUAGUACGCUGUUUGGUGCGCAAACGUGCGUUAAUCGCGGGCGGUGGUGCUCCAGAAAUCGAAGUUGCAUUAAAACUAGCUGCAAUUGCCGAUCAGACAGAGGGCGUCGAUUCAAUUUGUUUAAGAGCAUAUGCAAAUGCCCUGGAAAUUGUUCCAUUCACUCUGGCCGAAAAUGCAGGGUUAAAUCCAAUACAGACCGUUACAGAGUUACGUAACAGACAUGCCAAAGGUGAAACAUCAGCGGGAAUUAACGUACGCAAAGGCGCUAUAUCUGAUAUAUUAGAAGAACAUGUAGUACAACCAUUGUUGGUGUCAAUCAGCGCUAUGACAUUGGCCACCGAGACUGUGCGGUCCAUAUUAAAAAUUGAUGACAUUGUUAACACCUACACAUAAAGCCUGCGAGUGCGUGUAUUUAUUAAUUUUUGUUCAAUCACAGCUUUCCGUUCUAUGUAUUAUUAACUGAAACUAUGAAACUAAUAAACGCUUUUAUAAAAACUUUA